GGGGAGUUGGAUAGUUUCUGCCACGCAGGCAGACAGAUGUCAACCAAUCGCAGUGAAUGGGAGGGAUUAGCUCCGUUAGCCACGUAGCUUGUAGCCUCUACCGUUAGCUUUGCAGCUAACGUCUCCUGGAGUCAUGGAUCUGCCUCAUCAAGGCUUCAGAGCAACGAAGCAGAGAGCGCGUGCAGCGCCCUCUGCAGGAGACGCGGUGUUGUUUGACGACACCAGCUCAGCAGCGCCUGGAAUGAACAGCCAGGGCUUCUACGCUCCCGCUUACAACAUGGCGGGACCCUCGAACGACAUGCAGGGAGCGCCGGGAGUCAACAACCUGUUCGCCGACCCGAUGGCCAGCGCCGCCAUGAUGUAUGGCUCGUCCUUAGCCAAUCAGGGGAAAGACAUGGUGAACAAGGAGAUUAACAGAUUCAUGUCUGUGAACAAGCUGAAGUAUUUCUUCGCAGUGGACACCAGAUACGUCCUGAAGAAACUCAUGAUCCUCAUGUUCCCCUACACACAUCAGGACUGGGAGGUCCGGUACCAUCGCGACACUCCACUCACUCCAAGGCAAGACGUAAAUGCGCCUGAUCUUUACAUACCCACCAUGGCUUUCAUUACUUACAUUUUACUGGCUGGCAUGGCUCUUGGUAUUCAAAAACGGUUCAGUCCAGAGGUUCUGGGACUGUGUGCCAGCACCGCCCUGGUUUGGAUCAUCAUUGAGGUUCUGGUCAUGUUGCUGAGUUUGUAUUUGCUGACCGUACACAGCGACCUUUCAACCUUUGACCUCAUCGCCUACAGUGGAUACAAAUAUGUUGGAAUGAUCUUCACGGUGAUGUGUGGCUUAAUGUUCGGCAGCGACGGAUAUUAUGUUGCCCUUGCCUGGUCCUCUUGUGCCCUGAUGUUCUUCAUUGUUCGAUCUCUGAAAAUGAAGAUCCUGCCCUCCAUCUCCUCGGAUUCGAUGGGAAUGGGAUCGAACUCCAAGCCUCAGCUCCGCCUCUACAUCACCGUGGCAACCGCCGUCUUCCAGCCAAUCAUUAUCUACUGGUUAACGUCUCACUUAGUCAGGUGACCGUGAGGUUAGGAGGUUAUUGACUGUUUGUGCUCUCGCCCUUUUACUGUUUUUGUUGGUAAACUGAGAACAUUUGUUUGGUGUUGAGCUGCAGCGUGUUUACGAAGCUUUUCCGCUUCAUCGAAACGAGCAGAACAUGUGAAACGAAGCGCCUCUCUGUCUGCUGCGUGGUUGUAAAGUAACGCUGGUAAAUUAUUGGUAUUUUUAAACACCUAACUAAAAGGGCUCCAAGGUUUUAACAUCAGAUUUGAUUGUGUGCAGAUUAGCUUUCAUAUCAUGUCUCUGGACAUGUUUCUCAGUGUUUAAACCGAACGGUACGCCCAGCUCCUGUUUCUUUUUUUUUUAUUUAUCUACAUUUGACAAAGUAUCAUAAAGUUUGGAUUUUGUGUGAUGAAAAAAUAAACAAAUAUAUAGCUUUG